AUGCAUCCUCCAAAGUUUACUAGAGGAUAUGACCAAAUCAUGGUUGAGAACUGGGUGCAGAAGAUGGAAAAGUUAUUGAAGGUUCUGCACUACAGUGACAAACAAAAAGUUCUCUAUGCUACGUUUCAGCUGGCAGGAGAAGCUGAGAGAUGGUGUACGGCUAUGAGUCUGCUGGAGGAGCAGAGGGCCGACCCAUCAGGGAUGACGCGGAGCCGUUUUAAGGAGAUAUUCUUCGAGAGAUACUUCCAGGCCUCCACCUAUGAUGCAAAGGCAGACGAGUUCUCGAUUCUGACCCAAGGGACCCUGACGGUGCAUAGAUAUGCAACCAGAUAUAUUGAGCUAUCUCGCUUUGUGCCGUGUUUGAUAUCGAAUGAGUGUGAAAAGGCUCAGAGGUUCGAGAAGGGUUUGAGGAAGGAUAUUCGCAAGCUGGUGGGAAUGCUACAAAUUCAGGAGUUCCCUAUUUCUGGUGGAUAA